AUGAGGCGACUCGUCUACGCGCUCCUUCUCGCGCUCGUCGGCGCCCAGAACUCAGAGAUUUUUCGACAACCACACAUCGCCGAUCCGAAUCGUUGUGAAGCGAUCACGGUUUCUACGUGCAGCGAGCUUCCAUACAACACCACUCACUACCCGAAUUUGUUGAAUCAUCAAAAUCAAAAGGAUGCUGAGGCAGCUAUUGGCCAAUUUCAACCACUAAUCAAGAUCAAAUGCAGCGAGGAUAUCAAGAUGUUUCUCUGCACUGUAUAUGUGCCAGUUUGUACAGUGUUGGAGACACCGUUGCCGCCAUGUCGUCAUUUGUGCUUGAGUGCCAAGAACGGAUGCGAGUCGUUGAUGAAUAAAUUUGGCUUCCGAUGGCCUGAACAGCUAGAGUGCGACCGUUUCCCGAUUGAUGGGAUUUGCGUUGGCGAGAACAAGACAUCAGGAGAACCACCGGCACCGGAGUCUCAACCUGGCCCAGGGUUGACGACACUUGAGUGUCCGGCAAGAAUGAAAUCACACUCGAAUGGCGCCUUCUUGCAGCUAGUCUCCGGCAAAAUACCUGAGUGCUCAAUACAGUGCGAGGCUGACAAAAAGGUCCCUGUUCUUUUCGAUGCACGAACGAGACGAUGGCUUCGGUUGUGGACUGGGCUUUGUGCGGUGGCUUGCUUCUUCUGCUCACUUUUCACCAUCUGCACGUUCCUCGUCGAUUUGAAGAGGUUCACAUAUCCGGUGAGGCCGAUUCUCUACAUGGCGCUUUGCUACUUCGGGCUUUCAAUCGUCUACAUGAUAGGUGUUGUUGGAGAUGAUCGCUUUUCGUGCGUCGAAUCCUCACCAGGAGGUGCAUCACUGGUGGCUCAAGGCGUCGAAUUGCUUCCAUGCUCUGCGCUCGCCGUCGCUCACUACUUUUUCAACAUUGCUAGCAGUGUUUGGUGGGUCGUUUUGUGCUUGGCGUGGUUUUUGACCGCCACUCGUCAUUGGGGUUUUGAAUUCAUAGAAUCAUUAUGGCUCUACUUUCACGCUUUUGCCUGGGGACUUCCAGCCGUGUUGGCCGUUAUUGUCUUGAUUACUAACUCGUUUGAUGGUGACGUUUUCACGGGAAUCUGCUCUGUCGGAAAUUUGCAAGGAGAAGCCUUAAUGAUGUACCUUGUGAUCCCUAUUGCUUCAGCACUCGGCAUCGGUUUCUUUUUGUUGAUCAUGGGCAUUUUCUCGAUGGUUCGCAUUAGAAAGUACAUCAAAUUGCAACACAACGACGUCGACAAGUUGAUCAACAAGAUCGAGAAGCUCAUGUUAAGAAUUACCGGCUUCUCGUCAAUCUACAUCCUGGCCACUGCUGCUUUCACCGGAAUCCUCUUCUAUCAAUCGCGGAAAAUGCCGUUAUGGAUUGAAUCUUGGUAUGGACAGCGUUGUGAGCGGACCGAUCGAACAAAUCUCGGAUUUCAAACAUCACCAACGCUGUGCCCUAAAAUGAAGUCAAACGAGACAGUCGCUCAGCCCGAGAUCAUGCUCUUUGUCGUGAAAUACCUUUUGCAACUGGUCGUUGGCGUCACGUGCGCGAUUUGGAUUAUGUCGGCCAAGACAGCGGCUUCUUAUCGAAAAUGCUGGAAUCGGGUGGUUCGUGGCCGAACGGUGGUGGCGACAGCUGACGACGAACUGCUGCCGAUCGGUGCUCGACGCGAAGUUCUUGUUCAUCGC